CGGGGCUUUACAGACGCACGCACGUCAAGGUUCUGCUGCCCUGAGCUGCGGAGGCUGCGGGUUUGGUCUUCGGCGGCUGCGGGUUUGGUCUUCGGCGGCUGCUUUGGCUGCGGCCCUGCCCGCGGCUGGAGUUUGGAGAGAAAUCCAGGUACUCAGUUGACCCACCCUUUCUGCUGCCAUGGGGGAGCUUUUCCGGAGUGAGGAGAUGACGCUGGCCCAGCUUUUUCUCCAGUCAGAAGCUGCUUAUUGUUGUGUCAGUGAAUUAGGAGAACUCGGAAAGGUUCAGUUUCGUGAUUUAAAUCCAGAUGUGAAUGUUUUCCAGCGGAAAUUUGUGAAUGAGGUUAGAAGAUGUGAAGAAAUGGAUCGAAAGCUCCGAUUUGUUGAGAAAGAGAUAAGGAAAGCUAAUAUCCCAAUUAUGGACACUGGUGAAAACCCAGAGGUGCCCUUCCCCCGGGACAUGAUUGACUUAGAGGCCAAUUUUGAGAAGAUUGAAAAUGAACUGAAGGAAAUCAACACAAACCAGGAAGCUCUGAAGAGAAACUUCCUGGAACUGACUGAAUUAAAAUUUAUACUUCGCAAAACUCAGCAGUUUUUCGAUGAGAUGGCGGAUCCAGACCUGUUGGAAGAGUCGUCCUCCCUCCUGGAGCCAAAUGAGAUGGGAAGAGGCACGCCUUUAAGACUCGGCUUCGUGGCUGGUGUGAUUAACCGAGAGCGCAUCCCUACUUUUGAGCGCAUGCUUUGGCGGGUGUGCCGGGGGAAUGUGUUCCUGCGGCAGGCUGAAAUCGAGAACCCCCUGGAGGAUCCUGUGACUGGAGACUACGUGCACAAGUCUGUGUUCAUCAUUUUCUUCCAAGGCGAUCAGCUGAAAAACAGAGUCAAGAAAAUCUGUGAGGGGUUCCGGGCCUCACUCUAUCCCUGUCCUGAGACGCCACAGGAGAGAAAGGAAAUGGCUUCUGGAGUUAAUACCAGGAUUGACGAUCUCCAAAUGGUUCUGAAUCAAACAGAGGAUCACCGCCAGAGGGUCCUGCAGGCGGCUGCUAAGAACAUCCGAGUCUGGUUCAUCAAGGUGCGGAAGAUGAAGGCCAUCUACCAUACUUUGAACCUGUGCAACAUAGACGUGACCCAGAAGUGCUUGAUUGCGGAGGUCUGGUGCCCUGUCACUGACCUUGACUCCAUCCAGUUUGCACUCAGAAGGGGCACGGAACACAGUGGUUCCACCGUGCCCUCCAUUCUGAACAGGAUGCAGACAAACCAGACUCCCCCAACCUAUAACAAAACCAACAAGUUCACAUGCGGCUUUCAGAACAUAGUGGAUGCUUACGGAAUUGGAACUUACCGAGAGAUAAAUCCGGCUCCAUAUACCAUCAUCACUUUCCCUUUUCUGUUUGCUGUGAUGUUUGGAGACUUUGGCCAUGGCAUUUUGAUGACCCUUUUUGCUGUAUGGAUGGUGUUAAGGGAGAGCCGGAUUCUUUCCCAGAAGAAUGAGAAUGAGAUGUUCAGCACUGUGUUCAGUGGCCGGUACAUUAUUCUGUUGAUGGGUAUCUUCUCCAUCUACACUGGCCUCAUCUACAAUGAUUGCUUUUCCAAGUCUCUUAAUAUCUUCGGGUCAUCCUGGAGCGUACGGCCAAUGUUCGAUGGAUAUAAUUGGACGGAAGAGACGCUUCGGGGGAAUCCUGUCCUCCAGCUGAAUCCAGCUGUUCUUGGAGUUUUUGGUGGACCAUAUCCUUUUGGCAUUGAUCCAAUUUGGAACAUUGCUACCAAUAAGCUGACCUUCCUCAACUCCUUUAAGAUGAAGAUGUCUGUUAUCCUUGGUAUCAUCCACAUGAUGUUUGGAGUCAGCCUGAGCCUUUUCAACCAUAUUUAUUUCAAGAGGCCGCUGAAUAUCUACUUUGGAUUUAUCCCAGAAAUAAUCUUCAUGACUUCUUUGUUUGGCUAUUUAGUUAUCCUUAUUUUUUACAAGUGGACGGCCUAUGAUGCUCAGACGUCUGAGAAAGCACCAAGCCUUCUGAUCCAUUUCAUAAACAUGUUCCUCUUUUCCUAUGGGGACUCUGGUAAUUCGAUGCUGUAUUCUGGACAGAAAGGAAUUCAGUGUUUCCUGGUAGUGGUUGCACUACUUUGUGUACCUUGGAUGCUUCUGUUUAAACCACUAGUCCUUCGCCAUCAGUAUUUGAGGAGGAAGCAUUUGGAAGGGCAGCCUGUGGAGGCCCCAGUCAGCCCAACCCCGAGCCAACAGGGACUAGAGGCAGCAGCGGCUGCAACAGGAACUCUCAACUUUGGUGGGAUCAGGGUGGGCAACGGACCGACAGAGGAGGAUGCUGAGAUUAUUCAGCAUGACCAGCUCUCCACCCAUUCAGAGGACGCAGAGGAGCCUACCGAGGACGAAGUGUUCGACUUUGGAGACACCAUGGUCCACCAGGCCAUCCACACCAUUGAGUACUGCCUGGGCUGCAUCUCCAACACCGCCUCCUACCUGCGGCUCUGGGCCCUCAGCCUUGCUCAUGCUCAGCUGUCUGAGGUGCUUUGGACCAUGGUGAUCCACAUCGGCCUGAGCGUGAAGAGCUUGGCCGGAGGUCUGGCGCUGUUCUUCAUCUUUGCUGCCUUCGCCACCCUGACCGUGGCCAUCCUCCUGAUCAUGGAGGGCCUCUCAGCCUUCCUCCACGCGCUGCGGUUACACUGGGUGGAGUUCCAGAACAAAUUCUACAGCGGGACCGGUUUCAAAUUCCUACCCUUCUCCUUCGAGCACAUUCGGGAAGGGAAGUUUGACGAGUGACCCUUCAGGGGGGCUGUGUGCCCGGCUGCCCUCCCGCUCCCUCUGCAGUGAUUAGCUGUGCUCCACUUGCCUGUUAGUUGUGACCCCUGGGUAUUGGCAUUUGUGCCAUCUGCCCCACUUCCCCCAGCCACCUGUGAGUCGUUUAGAUAGACCCAGCCCUCCCUGGGGCUCCCCGCCACCCCCAGCUUUGUGUGUGGUAGUGUAGUGAUUUUCUAGAGAGAAGCUGGGCUCUGGCCAUCACCCACACCCCCUGGGCGCCAGCCUUGCCCUCUGGGCCUCAGGCCAGCCCUUCCUCUGCCCCCUGCUGGCAAGCCAGUUCGUGCAUUCACAGAGGAGCCGGAGCGCCUUCACCACCCACAUCCAGACUCUGAGCCCCCCUGCUCCUACUGGUUGGGGGCGGGGGUGCUCUUUAACACUCCCCCCUCUUGGGUUAGCAGGGGUGGGUCCAGGAAGGUGGUAUUUCUGUCCUCUGCCCACCCCCACUCCCACCCCGUCUUCAGUGUGCAUGUUAAUCAGGAAUUCAGCUGGACCCACUGUACCAGCAUGCAUGGCUCCUCCCUAGAAGCCCCAAGGGUCCCCACAUACCCCACACCUUCACCUUCCUGCCUCACCCUAAACUCACACCCUCUCCCCCUCCCUCCCAGAACCCCCAUUUAGCACUGGGCACAGCAUACGCAGCUGGGAGUGGCCCGGAACAGAGGUCCUGGCUGGCCUGUUUGGUUGGCUGCGUCUCAGGCCAGGUCUGAGCCCAACCGCAAGCAUACUCUCUAGGCAGAGGGUUCAAGUUGAUGCUCUUUCCUGGUGCAGACCUGGAGACCUUUCCCCACCCCUAAUCAUGAGUCUUGAGUGCAGCACUCUAGUCAUCCGGUGGGGGAGUCUGCCCACAGGCCUGCCUUGCUCUGCCCUCCAGUGCUCUCACUCCCCCACCCACCCCCGACCCCAAGUCAGGUGAGUGGGUCCUGGGCCAGGAAGGUCCGUAUCAUUUACUGUUUGCUGAUUGGAGGCAGCUAGCAGGGCUGCCAGUGUGUGUGGCUGUGAAAGCUGCGUGGCCCUGCCCUGCGGGCUGGUGGGGAGCACCCCCAGGAGGCCACCUCCCUGUCACCCCCACACCAGGAUGUGGAUCUUGGGGCCUUUCGAUCAUGUGUUGGUGCAGCACUGGCUGCUUCAGCUAAAUUGAGCCCCACUCCUUCAAUAGUUGAGAGAAGCCCCUAAACUGGUCGGCCCUGACCAUCCCACCCCGCCCCCUGCUUGUCUGAGGGAGCGGCUCAGAGUUGCUCACUGGACUCUCCCAGGCUGGGCCGCCCACCCCAGCCUCACCGCGCGCCAGCCAGUGUGACCUGACCCAGCCCUUGUGCAGAGCCCCCUCCUGUCUGGCCCCUGUGGUUUACAUGAUCUUUGCUCUGUUUACAGCAGGGUUUGAAGCAGGGUUCUUUGUCCGGAAUCCUGCCCAAGGCCCUUCUGUUCAGACAUUCCUGUGCUGAAUAAAGUGUGUUUGACUCUA